UAUUUGUCUCCACUUUCAAAUAUUAUAUUCAAGAGAACUGAAAUGGUGCAUAUUCUAAGAAACAUAAUGUGCGUGUUACCAAUGAGAUGGUACUUCUACAUUGGCGCGGCGGUAUUCUGCAUAUUCAUAAAUGAAACGAAUGCAAGCUGUAGAUUUACCAGCACUACCACCGAAACCGCCGAAACUGAUGAUGAUGAUGAAGAGUACGAUCAAUACAAUUUGAAUGUAGUUUCCCACCGUCCUGAUGAUACUGCAGAAUGUUUAUACAUUUCAUUGCAAGUGGGCCAACAUUUACAAGAUCAAUUCACAAACCUUCAUUUCUUAACAGUGAAUCCCACAAUCACCCAUUUCAUAUUCGAACAUAGUCGCAUACCAACACUGUUCGUUUCAUUUUUUAACAACUUCCCGCUCGUUACUAGCGUAAAAAUGAGUUCAACCGAUAUAGAACAGAUUCUGCCAGGCGCGUUUAAUGGAUUAUCCACACUGCAAGUGCUUCAGUUAGAUUCCAACCGCCUUACCCAAAUUACUAAGGGAACAUUGAAUCAUUUGUCUUCGUUAGUGAUUCUAGACAUGUCAAAUAAUCACAUUGACUUCAUCGAGAAUGACGCAUUUCUGGGAUUGGAACAUUUAGAGCGCCUUAAUUUGAGUCACAAUGCACUCACAUCCUUUUCUCUAGAGCCGUUCUGGUACUCAAAAUUUAUUAGGUCAGUCGAUGUUUCUCAUAACCUGGUGGUGCGCACACAUUCACGAAAAACAUCAGUCAGAGAUUUACAUCCCAUCAGCACCUUUCCUGUAUGGAGUUUCUUUGAUCGUAACUCGUCAGAAAUCAACAAUCAAUUUGAACUAAAUUUGUCUUACAAUAACAUUUCUUUUGUGAAUUCUUCGCACAUUCCACCAACAGUUUCUAUUAUAAAUUUAGAUAAUAACAAAGUUUGCAAACUUACAGAACUCCGUUCUCUGACCGUAUUGCGUCUUUCGUUACACCAUAACAACGUAUCUAAUAUAACCGUGAGCCCCCUGUUGGAAUAUCUUGAUUUAAGUUGGAACGUAUUUUCCAAAUUUCAGCGUAACCAGUUCCAUGACUCUAAAAAUUUGCUUACACUUCACCUAGGAAAUAAUUUAAUUGGCACAUUGGACGAUACUAUAUUCGCAAAUACCGUAAAGAUGCGGAUAUUAUCAUUAGACAACAACAAACUCAAUCACAUUCCUUUGGGAUGUUUCAGUAGUUUAUCAAAGUUAGUUUCUCUAAAUAUAUCUGGAAAUCAAAUCACAAGUUUUGAGUAUGGAACGUUUUCUGGUUUACAAAAUUUGGAGGUAUUAGAUAUUUCUGCAAAUAAUCUUAGCUACCUCUACGAGAGUACCUUACACCCGCUGGCUUCUCUCAAAAAUCUGUACAUGGAGCAUAAUUUUGUAUCUUCGUUCGACCCUUAUGACCUUGUGUAUCAUAUACCUUCCCUUAAAAUCGUUGCCCUUAACCACAAUCGUUGGAAUUGUAAGUCCUUGUUAAACAUUUUCUCGUAUCUAAAAUCACGAGGAGUAGCAAUUGCUCAAGGAACGAGAAACACAGCUGCCAACAUCCAUGGAAUUGCGUGCGAAACUAAUUCCCGUCCUUUAAUUACCGAUCCUUCUGGUAACAAUGACACUUUACAUUCUGCAAAUGUCUCAAUAGUUAGAUUCUUUAAUGAUGAAUUCUUAAAUUCUUCCUUCUAUCGCUUUUUUAAUAAUUACAGUAACACGCAUUUUAACGAAAAGGACCUUGAAAAAGUGUUACACGCUCACCAAAAUGAAAUAUCAAGCUCCUCCUUUAUUAAUCAGCUAAAUACCACGAUAUCAAAACUGAUAAUGAAGUUUAAAUUGAUCCCUGAUAUGGUCACAAACUCUGGUGAUCAGUUAAUUGAGCAAAUUUCUAAAUAUUUUAACAACGAAUUUAAGGAAACCAGCUUUUACAAGUAUUUUAACCAAAAUUGGAAGGGUACUAACCCAUAUACUUCAAAGGAGAACCUUUUGAAAGAAUUUCUGAAUGUUGAAUUUAAGAAUUCAUCGUUCUACAAAUUUUUUAAUCAUGAUCGUGGCAAUCCAGCAAAAUUUGAAAAGAUUGUUGACAAUAAUGAUCUGUCCACUAGUAUAGCAAAUUUGCAAAAGAAUUUGAAUACAUUGCUUAUUGUUAUAGUACUACUUUUGUGUUGUUUACUUGUGUUAAUUGUUAUUAUAAGUUGGAAAAAUUCGUUCGACAAGCUUAUAACAAAGAAGGUUGUCAACGGAGGCAAUUCCCAGGCAAAUAUUGAACUACUGUAGUUGAUCGAUGUUAACUGUAAGUUAAUUAUUACAAAUAGUUUGUGUAUGUAGCUACCGUAUACCCAUGUACUCAAUAAAUUAUAACAAGCAUUAACGGCAUGGAAGUUGUAAAUCAAGUAGGAUGUAUCAAAAAUGUGUAUGUAAUGUAAUGUACUAAACACUCAUACAUA